CCUGGAGCUCCAAGGAGAAAUGCUUCAGCAAGAUGUACACCACAAGUGGGGAGUGCUGCAGAGCCUGCAACCUGGGUGAGGGGGUGGUACAGCCCUGUGGGGUCAACCAGACUGUCUGCGAGCCCUGCCUGGACAGUGUCACCUACUCGGACACGGUGAGUGCCACGGAGCCAUGCAAACCCUGCACACAGUGCGUGGGGCUGCAGAGCAUGUCUGCUCCCUGCGUGGAGUCGGACGACGCCGUGUGCCGCUGUGCCUACGGAUACUUCCAGGACGAGGCGAGCGGGAGCUGCGAGGAGUGCAGGGUGUGUGAUGUAGGUUUUGGCCUCGUCUACCCCUGCAAGGACUCCCAGGACACUGUCUGUGAGGAGUGUCCCAAUGGAACCUUCUCCAGCGAAGCCAACUUUGUGGAUCCCUGUCUGCCCUGCACCACCUGCGAGGAGAACGAGGUGCUGGUGAAGAAGUGCACGGCUGUUUCGGAUGCAGAAUGCAGAG